AACCCCUGGUGUUUUGUGCAGCUGGUUAAAGAAGAUGGAGCGGCAAUGCGAGCCGGUGUUCAGACAGGAGACAGAAUCAUUAAGGUUAACGGGACCUUAGUCACUCAUUCAAACCACAUAGAGGUUGUGAAGCUGAUCAAAUCGGGAUCCUAUGUGGCCCUCACGGUGCUGGGGAGGCCCCCGGGGGUCCCUAACCUCCCGGAGGAGGAGAGUGGGGGGGAGCAGAGGAAGAGAGGGGGGGGGCAGCCAGAGGUCAGCCCACCCACCCCUCUCUCAGACCCCCACACUCCUGCACCGCUGGAUAGCGUCCAGGAGGAGAAAACCUCCAUCACUGAUGGGGGGUGAGAAUAAAACCAGGCACAGUGAGAGGGUGGACCUCCUGCAGAAGAUGCUAACCAAGGAGCAGCAAGACCUGCAGGUGAAGGAGGAGGAGCACAGCAGGAACCCUGGUCCUAAACUCCUGAAGGAGGUUCAGGAGGUUCAGAAACACAUCUCUCUGCUGCAGGAGAGGCUCAGCAGAGCAGCCACUUCACAGGAUGGAGCUGCAGGGUCCAGGAACGGUGGGGAAGAGGAGGGGGACGCAGGACCUCGACACACCCCUUCCUCUCCGGGGGAAAACAGCACCGACGGACCCUCGACCAACAACAACUCUAUGCACAGCAGCCCCCUCGUACAGACGCCCUGUCAGAGCCCAGAUAUCAGCCGACGGGACGACCUCGAUUUCCGGCCGUCUCCUGAAACGGAGGACACUCCCGACACAGCUUUCAGUGCCCAGUGCAUUGUGGGAAACCCUCCCUACCUCCUCCACCCGCAGAUCAUCGGAGCAGAAGACGACUACUUUGACUCUCAGCAGGAGCAGAUUAACGGAGUGUGCAGCUGCUUCCAGAGUCUAGACGCUCUGAAGGCUCGGCCGGCGCACCUCGCUGCUUUCCUCCAUCACGUGGUGUCGCAGUUUGACCCUGCUCCUCUGUUCUGUUAUCUCUACGCUGACAUGCACAAACAAACCAGCUCCAAAGAGAGCCGACGCUUCUUCAUCGAGUUCCACUCUCUCUUCCUGGAUCGGACAGCGAACCUUAAAGUACCGGUGCCAGACACAGUUGCAGCUGACCUGGAGAAGCGGAGGCUGGAGUUAAUCCCAGAGGAUCUGUGCAAACAAUACACUCAGCUGCUGCAGGACACACUGCUGCCAGAGCUGCACAGGAACCUGGAGGACUUCAGACAGAAGCGCAGCAUGGGUCUGACUCUGGCUGAAGACGAGCUGUCGAAGCUGGACUCAGACGGAGGAAAAGACCCUCAGAAUCUGGAGAGGGAAUGUUGCUGUGCCGAAAACAUACUGUCAAAGAUAGAGGACAUCCUGUUGCCGUCACAGCCCACAGAAGAGGAGAAGUGCCAAACGAUGCAGUACGUGAUGCUCACCUACAUGAAGCACCUCGGGGUGAGAGUGAAGGAGCCUCGAGGCCUCGAACACAAACGAGCUCGCAUCAACUUCCUGCCCAAGAUCAAGAAGAGCAUAAAGCCAGAGAAGGAGGGAGAGGAGAAAGUGAAGAAGCCUCGGUUUGCCAACAUCCUCGGCCCGCCUCGACGUCUGAGCCGAGUCGACUCCACUUCAGUGGGUAAAGCGGUGGAGAUGAAUAAGCAGCGUUCCCCGAAGCCCCUCCCCCCGGCUUCCCUCCUCCCCGAGCAGCCGGACACCCCCUCUAGUUCUGCUCGGAGUCGUGGAAAUCUGAGCGACGGAUCGGACGCAGGCACACACUCCAACACACACUCCUCCCCCUCCAACACACACUCCUCCCCCUCCAACACACACUCCUCCUCCUCCUCCUCCAACACACACACCUCCCCCACGCUCAGCCCCCCACCCGGACACCUCUCAGACAGCGGACACGACUCUGACUCCAACGUGUCUCCGUUCUGCCUGCAGCCUCGACUCGGGGAUGUUCUGCCGGUCGAGAAUCAAGAUGGCGUCUGCAGCCCGACCGGAUCUCAGUUUGACUUCAGCGCCUCCAACCUGGAGCAGCUGGUGGAGGAGGACCCCGACCCCUUCAGGAUGGAGGUUCAGUGUCCGGUGUCCUCAGACGUCCAGAGUGAGGAGGAUCAGGGGGAGAGAGAGAGUGAAGCCCCCCCUCUGAACUGGCAGAGCCUCGUCAGCAGAGGAGUCCUGGAGAGCUUAACUCCUCAAGAGAUCAAACGACAGGAAGUCAUCAACGAGCUGUUCUACACGGAGCGAGCUCACCUCCGUAUGCUGAAGGUUCUGGACGGUGUUUUCCACCAGAGGCUCAGCAGAGACGCCGUCCUCCCCCCCGACGACAUCAAACACAUCUUCGUCAACCUGGAGGAGAUCAUCCAGCUGCACGUUUCUGUCACAGAGCAGAUGACGGCCAUCAGGAAGAGGAGCGAGACGUCGGUGAUCGGGCAGAUCGCUGAUGAUCUGCUCGCCUGGUUCAGCGGGGAGGAAGAGGAGAAGAUAAAGCGCGCUGUGGGGACUUUCUGCAGCAACCAGCCGUCGGCUCUGGAGCUCAUCAAGAGCCGCAAGAAGAAGGACCAGAAGUUCACUCUGUUCAUGCAGGAGGCUGAGAGUAACCGUCUGUGCCGCCGGCUGCAGCUGAAGGACAUCAUCCCUGUGGAGAUGCAGAGAGUCACCAAGUACCCUCUGCUGCUGGAGAACAUCGCCAAGUACACAGGAGACGGUGAGGAGAGGGAAAAGGUGAAGAAAGCCGGCGAGUGUUGCAAAAAGAUCCUGAACCACGUCAACCAGGCUGUGAAAGAGGCGGAGAACAAACAGAGGCUGGAGGAUUAUCAGAGGAGGUUGGACCUCUCGUCUCUCAAACCGAGUGAAAACCCCGUGAUCCUGGAGCUGAGGAGUCUGGACCUGACCAAGAGGAAGAUGGUGCACGAGGGACCGCUCUCCUGGAAAGUCAACAAGGACAAGACAAUUGAGCUGUACACCCUGCUGCUGGACGACAUCCUGGUUCUGCUGCAGAAACAGGACGAGCGUCUCGUUCUCAAAUUUCACGGCAAGAACCCGACCAGCGCCGCCGACACCAAGAACAUCUUCAGCCCGGUCAUCAAACUCAACACCGUGUUAGUGCGGCCUGUCGCUACUGACAACAAGUCUUUCUUCGUGCUGUCCAUGUCUGAAAACGGCGCUCAGAUCUACGAGCUGAUGGCGCAGACGGUGUUCGAUCAGAGAGCGUGGCAGUGUCUGAUCACACAGAGUGCCAUGAAGGGAAAACCUCAGAACAGAGACAUCAUCCCUCCUGCAGCUCAGACUGAAGCCGAGCAUGAGGCCAUUGAGACCAUCAAAGAAGAAGCGAGUAAAGACCCCGACGUCACAUCCAGUGAAGGCGUCCAAUCUGCAGACAAAGAUGUCGCCGUCUCUUCUCCAGACAUUCAACCGGCUCCGAGUCUGAACCCGUUUGAUGGCAUGAAGUCAGACGAUGAGGAAGAGGAGGAGGAGGAGCUGCUGGUGGAGGACAGACGUGAUGAAGAUGAGGAAAUAGAGGAGGAAGAGGAGGUGGAUGAAGCGGAACUGGAAGCUUUCCUGGACGGACAGCUGGAGGACGGACUUCCCUUCCUUCAGGAGGAGGAAGAGACACAUCAGGACAUCGCUGCAGAAAACAUGGAGCAGGACGUCUUCAUCACUCCGUCCUCUAAAGGAGAAGAGGCUCUCAGGACAUUGGCCAUGCUGAAGCAGGCUCUCUUCCACCACAUGAUGAGCAGAGAGGAGGAGGCUCAGGAUCAGAGUGGGUCUCUUCCUGGGAGCCCUGAGGGGCCGCAUGAGAGCCGAGGGUCUCCACCAUCACAGAAACAAAACGGUGACGGUGGUUUCGUGGUCCUCGAUUUCGGUGGCGGCUCGGAGGAGAGCAGCACUGAUGAUGAUGGAGGAGGAGGAGAGGAGGAG